AUGUCUUCAAAAUACGUCAAGCGGGUGUCCCUCUUCAAGGUGCCCAAGGAAGAUGACAUUGACGCCAUUCUCGCAGAGUACCAAGUCCUGCGAAACACUGCGCAAAAGGAUGGGAAACCUUACAUCGUCUCCAACGAGGCCUCUCGCGUCAUCAACUCGUCGGAGGAGCGAAGUCAAGGGUACACCGUGAUUGCCGUCACGACGUUCAAGUCACGCGAAGAUGUCGACUACUACGACAAAGGGUGUGCGGCGCACAAGAAGCUGAGAGAGUUCAUCUCCACGAGAAGGACCGGGGUUGCGACGGUACACUUUGAGAGCGAUCUUGGGCCGUGA